UUUAAGAACAAAGAUGGCGCCAACGAAAGGUGAAAGUGUCGAUGACAGUUCGCUGGAAAUUGGUAGGUUACUGCGAUAUUUACUGUCGUUUUAUAUUUUGCACAAGCUACAGAUUUUUGCUGUAUAUGUACUUUUAUAUUCAUAGCAAAAACCCGCAUUGUAAUGCCGAAAUAAAAGAGCCAAACUUGAUUAAGAGUUAACUUGCAUAUUGUAUCAUUUGAGUCAAAAUAAUUUAAUACUAUUAUGUACCUAUAUUUAUGACUAGAAUCUGUGGCUACACGCCGUGGUAGGCGAUCAAAGAAAGAAACGGGAGCCAGUGCUGCUUUGAAGAAAAUCAAGUAAGAAAUCUGUAGUGAAUAUACAAAAGUAUAUUUGGUUUGUUUGCCCUGAUACCUUUUAUAUAUAUUUCUGUAUUUAUCUAGGCAGUCUCGUGAAAGUGGUGAAAAAGUUAAAUAUGAAGUAAGCCUGCAUGCUACAAGGUUUAAUGGUGGAUUAAAAAUAAUUAAAGUUUACAAAGUCGUUAUUUGUUCGGUCACAGAAACCAACAAGCUUUAGCUAUUUGUCCCAAUAAUUGCUUUGGUUGGUUCAUUUAAAAUUUAAAUGGGCAGUGUUUAUAUCACACAAUAAAACCGAAAACUUACCCGCAGCUAACCCUUUCCCUAUCCUCUAAACCUAACUCUAACUCUAAUGUCCUAUAUAUUUUGAGUAUUUAACCGUUAUAAUACUUAACGAAAUAAUUCAAAAAAUAUUAGCAGUAUAUGUAAAAAAUAUAUCUAACUUGUUAAUAGGAUGCAUUUGUUGUGUUUGUGAGUUUAGUUGAUGCGAUUACUUUACGUUUUCGUCGUAUUUGAACGGUCGUCAGUACUGGCACUGAACGACAUGGCCAUAGGAUAUGAAUAACUACAAGGCUAGUCACUUAUCUGAUAUACUCUCCAACAUCGAGUCCAAUAUUUCUCCUCAGAAUCGUUGCAGAGCAAUAAAUUUCACAUCGCCUAAUAGUAUGAACAUUCCUCUUUCGAAAGAACAUUGUUUGUUCACCAUUUGGGCAAUAUUCUCGUGACACAUGAUGAACUUUGUUUAUCCAAAAUUCAAAUUUUGAAAGAGGCACUAACCCCAUGAUCCUUGCCACGAAAGCAGCUCAGCAACCUGGCCUCCUCGUUCGAAACACUCCAUCAGGGGGGGAGGGAGGAGCUGCACUGGAAUGAGGGACUUUCAAAGCAACACAAUAAAACACACAAUAUAAAUGAUAAGACAUACGGUUGAACGCAGCCAAGUUCAAUAUUUUAAAAUUAAAAAGAUUGGUAUGAUUGUCAAAAGCUAAAUGUUAUAAUAAGUAGAUAACAUUUUGGUUCUAAAAAAUAUGUAAGGAAAAGUUCAUAACAAGAUAUUUCUAAUUUUCUCAUGCUUCUAAAAAUAGGACUUGAUUCAAUACUUGUUUAUUGUCGAAUACAGCAUGAUAAAGUAAUCAUUUCUAUUUAUAUUGUGUGUUUUAUCGUGUUGCUUUGAAAGCCCCUCAUUCCAGUCCAGUUCCUCCCCCCCUGAUGGAGUGUUUUGGAAUGAGGAGGCCUGGUUGCUGAGCCGCUCUCGUGGCAACGAUCAUGGGGUUAGCGCCUCUUUCGAAAAUGGAAUUUGGAUAAACAAAGUUCGUCGUGUAUCACGAGAAUUGCCCAAAUGGUGAACAAACCAUGUUCUUUCGAAAGAGGAACUAUAUUAUUGCUCUGCAACGAUUCUGAGGAGAAAUAUUGGAGCUCGAUGUCAGAGAGUAUAUCAGAUAAGUGACUAGCCUUGCAGUUAUUCAUAUCCUAUGGCCAUGUCAUUCAUUGCCAGUACUGACGACCGUUCAAGUACGACGAAAACGUAAAGCAAUCGCAUCAACUAAACUCACAAACACAACAAAUGCAUCCUAUUAACAAGUUAGAUUUUUUUUACAUAUACUGCUAAUAGUUUUUGAAUUAUUUCGUUAUUAAGUAUUAUAACGGUUAAAUAUUCAAAAUAUAUAGGACAUUCAGAGAUUGGGCCGCCUGUGCUGUGUGCAUGUCAAUCCAUGGAGCUAGUGUGUACAAGGCGAUGACUAUAACACAAUACAGUACAGUACAAUAGUUCUCAAGUGUAAGAUUUUAAUGUUUCAAGUGAGGGCCCUACAUACAUCUGAUCAUUUCCCAAAACAUGGGGGUCAUAUUAAAAUGUUUUGUGUUCAACUCUGAUAUUCAGGUUGAUGAGAUAGAUAAUGUUUAUGAUGAAGUUGAUGAGGACGAGUACACCAAAGUUGUCAGGAAGCGUCAGCUUCAAGACGACUGGAUUGUUGAUGAUGGUAUGUAGAAUAUCCAUGCUGAACAUUGUGGCUUUACCACGACCAAAAAUGGGAUUAAAAACACAGCAAAAUACAGCAAAACUAAUGCAGUUUGAUUAUUUACAGUAUAUCAAGUGAUCAUUUGAUCAGAAAGUGAAAUGAGUAACUCAACCUUCUGUGACUUGACUCAACUCGUUACUCGACCUGUAGGUGACUUAUUUACAACACUCCAGUUAACCAGUGAACAACCAGAGAACAAACAGCGAAGAAAGUACACAGUCGGAAUUUUCACAAAGUGCAAUUAAUUUAUUUUGUUUUAACAUGACCUAAUCUUUAGUAUCGAUAGGGACAUAGGGUUGGCUAUUUUUGAACUUUUUUAGGCAGUUUAAUCUUUAAGUAAUUAAAAUCACCUGGGGCCGUUUGUAUGAAAAAGUGAUUAAAGUUAACUUUGGUUAAGUGCAAACGUCAUCCAAUAAGAAGCGCCUAUUUGAGAGUUAAUCACUAUUUAACUACAAAAUAGUGAUUAGAAAAGUGAUUAAGAGUUUUAUACAACCGGCCCCUGACCUACAGUUCUAUUAGGAUCAUAACUAGGGCCUAGGCUGGGGCGGUUUUUCGGUAUACCAGAAAAUACCGUUUUAAAACGAAGAACCGGGAAAAAAACGAGAUAAAAAUGCUAAUGUUUCAGCUACUGUAAUCCUGAC